CGGUAGCUCCGCCUCUCACGGCUCCCCCUCCCGCCGGUGACGCGCAGGCGCAUUUCUAUUCUGUUCCCGCGUUGAUCCCUCGCCGGUAGAUAAUUGACUGGGAUCAGGGAUGGCUGAGUCUGUUCCAUCAGUCGCUCUGGAUGCAGUUCUGAAGCUAAGCUCCACCAUCCCCGAGGGAUCUGUGCAGGUCCAAGGAUAUGACUUCAACAAGGGCAUUAACUACCACGCUCUGCUGCAAUCUUACCUCACCACUGGGUACCAGGCGACCAACUUUGGACUUGCUGUACAGCAGAUUAACAGCAUGAUUGAGAAGAAGCUUGAACCAUUAAAUGAAGAAGAACUGAAUGCAAUCAAUCUGAAUCCAUGUCAGCGAGAGAGAACAGGCUGCACUAUCUUCUUGGGAUAUACAUCCAACCUCAUCAGUUCUGGCCUUCGUGAGACCAUCCGCUACCUCGUACAGCAUAACAUGGUUGAUUGUGUGGUGACUACAGCAGGAGGUGUUGAGGAGGAUCUCAUUAAGUGUCUUUGUCCAACGUUUCUGGGGGAUUUCAGUCUGGAGGGGAAGGAGCUUCGUGCCAAUGGCAUAAACAGAAUUGGAAAUCUCCUGGUUCCAAAUGAAAACUACUGCAAAUUCGAGGACUGGGUGAUGCCCAUUCUGGAUCAGCUGGUCCGAGAACAAAAUGAGCAGGGGAUGAAAUGGACUCCAUCAAAGGUGAUUGCUCGCCUUGGGAAGGAGAUUGAUAAUCCCGAGUCAGUUUAUUAUUGGACUUACAAGAAUAACAUUCCAGUCUUUAGUCCAGCUCUGACUGACGGCUCGAUUGGGGACAUGAUGUAUUUCCAUUCAUACAAGAAUCCUGGCUUAGUGCUCGAUAUCGUGGAAGACAUCCGCAGGAUCAACGACCAGGCAGUGUACGCCAAGAGAACUGGAAUGGUCAUUCUGGGAGGUGGUAUGGUCAAACACCACAUUGCCAACGCCAACCUCAUGAGGAACGGAGCAGACUAUUCCGUCUACGUGAACACAGGUCAGGAAUUUGAUGGCUCGGAUUCUGGAGCCAGACCUGAUGAAGCGGUUUCCUGGGGUAAAAUCCGGACAGAUGCCAAACCCGUGAAAGUGUGUGCAGAUGCCACUCUUGUUUUCCCUCUGCUCGUGGCUGAAACAUUUGCUCGGAACUUUGAUGCACUUUCUCCUCAGUCAAAGCUGUUUUAGGCCCUGGGCUACAGUGGCAGUGCUCCAGCCCCUGGCCUCCUCUCCCUGAAUAACCCUGAUGAGUCCUGGAAUGCUGCUCCCUUGAGAACAUACUGUGAAUCUCAGCUUCAGCUCUGUACAGCAAAUUAAGACAGUUAUGUGUUGGAUUUGUGGAGUACAGCUGAGAGUAGAGGGCCGUUAGUGGGAAAGUUGGGAAGAAAAGAUGGAAGGGUCAUGUGUGAACACCACAUAUUGGCUUCUGCUCUAAUACACAGUAAGAGCUGAAUGACUUGGAAAGGUGAAUGUUUGAAACUGGUGUGGAUGUAGCAGAGAUGUUCUGUCUCUUUUUAGCUUAACCAGAAAGAGAGGUGGGAUGGUGGAGGUGGGGGAGAUAAGAUCAAGGACACAGGACCAGUGAUACCCAGAGGACUUCAGUAAAAUUGAUUCAGGAAAUUUCUGAGAUGAACAGGUUCUGAGCUUGGUUUAACUUGCAGCCUGAGUGUAGACCGUGCCAGAGGAGUUUGAUCUGUGGUAUGUCCUAGUGCUAAAACACUGCUCACCUGACAGCAGGCAAUCCAUGAUUCUACACCAGCACACUGUGCAUGGGGUGGGGGAUGACAAGCAGGAAUCUGCUGUCAGGACCAGUCCGAUAACACUGUCCCCUCACCCUGACUGAACAUCUCAGACAGCUGGUUAGGUCAAUCUGUAGAUCAGGUGAAUUUGCUGAAUUAGUUAUUUAUUUAUUUACUUGAAGCUGAGGCUGCUGCUUCCUGCAUCUGAAUAAAAUCAGUUAGUCAAA